UUGCUAAAGUUUGAGAACUGCUGAGACUAUGGGGUAAUUAAUGGACAUCUUCCAGGUGUGUUCUGCUGGGAGUUUGUUCCUUGAGCUUUAGAAAAAAUAACACUAUGAACACUUAACAUACAGAAAUGAUUGGCUAUUGUGAAAUAAAAGAAAAAGUAACUGAAACUUGAAAUAAUGAGUUAAUUACUUAGAAAGUUUGUCCUAAUGUGGCAACACUCAUGUUUUAAACAGAUUAAUAAUAAUUAUCAAGUAUUUAAAUUUUCUUAUACAACUUCAGUGUUUCUGUAUAUUGAUAGUUUAUAUAUGGGAUAGAUGGGAUGGGAAGGGUUCCUACCAAUAUUACAAUUAGUAAUUGGAUUGGUGAAUUGGCAGAUUUUGGAAUUUUUAUCUGAGAUACUUGAGUCUGGAUAUUGUAACUUUACGGGGUUGCUAAAAAGGGAGAUUGGAAGAAGUUCUUAAAACAGUGUAUCAAUGAAUUGUUGAUGAGUAUUAUAAGGACUUUCAGUUAUAAAUUUUCAUAAGAGAAAACUGACUCAGUAAAUAACUUAGUGACUCUUAAAUUGAGGGUUAAAUCUAGACUCUCGUACUUGUUACCAGCAAUAGAAAAGGCUGCACUUGUGCAGUUUGCUAUUAGACAUUUAACUUUAUCAUUCCAAUAUAUAUCUGAAUAAUAUUAAUCAAAAUUUGGAUGGCAAGUAGAAAUAGGAGGCUCCCUGUAACCCAGACUUAGGUGGGGCUUUGGACACACCCCUCUCAUCAGUCUCUCCCAUUUACUAGCAUAGGCAGCUCUCUCCCCAUUCAUUGUAAAGGGAGCAAAGGCACCUAAUCCAGGAUUUGUGGAUUUCAGUUAUUUUCUUCAUGCCUCAAAGGGCCUUAAAAUGGGGAAUACAAGCAGUGAGCGAGCUGGUAUGGAGCGUCAUGGGGGCCAUAAGACGCCCCGAAGAGACAAUUCUGGUGGAGCCAUUAGUACAAAAGAAGGUGAUAGACCAAAAAUCUUGAUGGAUAGUCCUGAAGAUGCAGACUUGUUCCAUUCUGAGGAAAUAAAGGCUCCACGAGAGAGAGAGGAAUUUCUAGCUUGGCAGCAAGAUCUGGAAGUGAGUGAAAAAGUCCCUGUUCAAAAUCGGCCAACAGUCUUUCGCUGGACUGCAGGAGGGAAAGAGGUUUAUCUGUCAGGUUCCUUCAACAACUGGAGUAAACUUCCUCUUACAAGAAGCCACAAUAACUUUGUAGCAAUCCUGGAUCUUCCAGAAGGAGAGCACCAGUACAAGUUCUAUGUGGAUGGUCAGUGGACGCAUGAUCCUUCGGAGCCAGUAGUAACCAGCCAGCUUGGUACAGUUAACAACAUCAUUCAGGUGAAGAAAACUGACUUUGAAGUAUUUGAUGCUUUAAUGGUGGACUCCCAAAAAUGCUCAGAUAUGUCUGAGCUUUCAAGUUCACCCCCAGGACCCUACCAUCAGGAUCCCUAUGUUUCUAAGCCAGAGGAACGCUUCAAGACUCCACCUAUUCUUCCACCACACCUGCUGCAGGUGAUCCUGAAUAAGGACACUGGCAUUUCUUGUGAUCCAGCUCUACUUCCUGAGCCCAAUCACGUCAUGCUGAACCACCUCUAUGCACUUUCUAUCAAGGAUGGAGUGAUGGUGCUCAGCGCCACUCAUCGUUACAAAAAAAAAUAUGUGACUACAUUGCUGUACAAGCCAAUAUGAUUAGACCAGGUAUCCUGGGGUGAUGAAGUGCCAGAGGGAACAAAUUCUUCGUUAAACCAAAACAUAUGCAUGGUCUAUGCUAUUGUAAACAGACUCUGAUUUCAUACGGUUUUAAAGACUUCACAUUUGUUUCAUAUUUGCCUUGGUCUCCCAGUCCCAUCUGGAAGUUUUCAGACUCAGCCAGGACCAAAUAGAUGGCUGGUGGUGCUGUCAUUUUUUCAGCUCAAUAACAAUCGCCUGGGAUCUACCAGUGAAAUCAGGCUGGGAAAUAUGGGGAUAGUGACAGCUCAGAUGUCAUUCAUGAGUGAUACAGGCUGUAGAAAAUAAUAUUCUAAGAAGUGCAAGAUCCUUGCUGAUCGAGUGGCUGUUUUUAUCAUAAAGCUCAAACAUUCAAUUAUAUUACCACUGAGCUCCACAAAGAGCCCAUUCCCUGGCUCGACUAUAUGUGAAAAAUGGCAUUCUUUCUGUUGCAGCUGUUUUGGGCGAAGCCAGAGAUGCUGCCACUACCACACACACUGUUUCUUUUAUUUGUUUGUUUAAUCAGUAGACGGUUGAGUACGUUUUCCAAUGUGAGUGAUGCUCUAGCAUUGUUUCUCUUAUGAGAACUCCAAAAUAACUUUUCCCCAGUGGAAUUGCUGAUAAAGACAAUUGUUCUUUAUUGCUGGGUUUUGUGUAGACCAUAUAAUGCACCCUGCAAUAAUCUGUUCUUGUAACAGAUUUGUAAUUCUCUUGCCGAUAAGGACUGAUUUAAACUGGGCUGGGUUCCUAUAAGGAAAUUGACCAAUUUAGCAUAAGGGCUUUAAUUCUUCAGUAUCAGCUUUUAUCAAAUUGAUGGUAAGGUGACUCCCAAGUUACUUUAAAAACUGUAUAGUAAAUGAGAUAUUGAGGGGAAAAAUCAUCUGCUGAUAUAAGCAGCUGCAGCCCCUGUGAAGUGGCACUGCACUCACUUAUGUCAAGGGCUGGAUUGGCCCUGAAUCUAUAUUUGCAUUUGACUCUGCCAACUUAGGUUCGUGUGGUCUCUGCAGCAAGGACUCCCAACAAUUUCUAUCACUUCGUGCUUUAUUUAUAUUUAUGUAAACGGAUGUCAUUCUCACAAAAGGUGCCAGGUUGCCUUUCUUAGAGACUGAUGAUCUAUUUGAUCCCAAAACGAAUAAAUUCCCCACCAAUGUGCCUCAGGCCUGACCUGGAGGGACCAACUUGGGGAAUGCAUAGUGCCCGUCCAUUCCUGGGCACCUGAGUGCCAAUAAGAAUGACGAGAGUGACCUCAGUCCAUGACCUACUAUACAGGGGUACAUAUUACAAAAACCACCAUGUAGCUAAUCAGAUAGUGACUUUGGUGACCACGAUUAGAUGUGAUACAGUCAAUGAUAAAAGACUACUUUUCAGUUUUCUGAACUGUUCAGUUGUAUUGUUACAAUAUUUUGAGUAGUUCAGGGUACAUUGCUAUUGGGUUUUCUUUGAAAACAUGGAAUUCCUGUCACUGUCUGACCUCUUCAGAAACAAGUUAAAAUAUAAAGCAUUUUAAG